AUGGGCUCUAAGUACCCACCGUCUAUGCGGCGCUGCCUGCCCCCAUGGACCCUAAUGCUCGAGGCGGCUCUCGUUGUCAUCUUCUUCUUUUUCACCUCCUAUGACACUUUGUCACAGGAUCCGCCGAAGCAGCUCAUGAGGACUUUUCGAGUCUUCCAGGAUGUGACCAUCAUGGCGGCCCUUGGCUUUGGCUUCCUCAACUUGUCUUUGCGGAGAUAUGGCUGGAGCAGCGUGGCCUUCAACCUCUUUUUGCUGGCCCUAGGGGUGCAGUGGGCAGUCUUGAUGGAUGGCUUCUUGGAUCAGCACUUCCAGAACAAGGUGGUCAUCAAACUGUCCAGAAUUAAGCUAGCCACCAUGAGUGCUAUGUCUGUGCUCAUCUCAGUGGGUGCCGUGCUGGGGAAGACCAACCUGUUGCAGCUGACAUUGAUGGCACUGGUGGAGGUGACAGUCUUUGUCACUAUGAUGAUGAUUGACAGGCACUACCUCAAUGUGGACGCCCACGUAAGCAUGAUGCACAUCCACGUGUUUGCGACCUAUUUUGGGCUGAUGGUAGCCUGGUUUCUCUCGAGGUCUCUGAAUGAGAGAGUGGAGAAGGAGAAGACUCAGACAGAAAAGAGGUCCAGUUUGUUUACCAUGCUGGGAACCCUCUUCUUGUGGAUAUUCUGGCCGAGUUUCAACUCUGCUCUGUUGGAUUCUCCAAUAGAAAGGAAGAAUGCCGUGUUCAGCACCUACUAUGCUCUCGCGGCCAGCACGGUGACAGCCAUCUCUGUGUCAGUCUUGGCUCACUCCCAAAGGAAGAUCAACAUGACUCAUAUCCACAAUGCGGUACUGGCUGGAGGUGUGGCUGUGGGCGCCUCAUGUCAUCUGAUCGCUUCGCCUUGGCUUGCCAUGGUGCUGGGCUUUAUGGCUGGACUGAUCUCCAUCGGGGGAGCCCUGUGCCUGCCGGGAUAUUUUAACCAGGUGCUGGGGACCCACGACACCUGUGGCGUGCACUACACCUUUGGCUUGCCAGGUCUGCUCGGCGGGAUCACCUACAUUCUGCUGAUCAUCUAUGAGGUCAACUGGACCACGAAGUCCAUUUCUAGGAUCGACAUCCAGUUGUUCUUUGGUGCUGGGACACUCAGCUUGGCCAUGGCUUCAGGUCUGAUAGCUGGGGUUUUGACAGGUUUGGUCUUAAGCCUCAAAAUAUUUAAGGCACCUCCUGCAGCCAAACAUUUUGAUGACCAGGCUUUCUGGGAGUUUCCUCAUUUGGCUACUGGAUUUUAAGCAAAACCAUCCAACAAAAACAAGGCCUGUCUGAAAAUGAGACAACUUCUUUUCACUGUUGCCUCCCCUUUUUUGUGGAUGACACUCAUUACAGCCAAGUCUCCUUAUAUACAAUGAAACAAGGUCAAAGAGAUGAAUUUGAUAUUAAAAAAUAAAUUAAAAAUGUAUUUGAAUGGUAAUCUCAUAAUAGUUUAAAAUAAAUGUUUGGUUU